GAGGCAACAAAUUCACCUUUCAGUCAGCGUAAUCAAGCAGCCCUCAUAGAGAUUUGUGAUCAUGUAAAGCUGGAUCCAGACGGACCGAAGACUGCUUUGAAGGCAUUGAUUAAAUAUCUGCAGCAGUCUGCAGCCAAGGACCCAAAGACUGCUGCCUUCACGCUGACUUUACUGGACAUGUGCGUCAAAAACUGUGGCUACCCCUUUCUAUUGGAAUUCUGCAGAGGAGACUACUUAAAAAACUUGAAAAACCUUGUCUGGGGACUAGCCUUUUCGAAUCAUGCCGACUUUCAACCGUUCAACGCACUGUACCAAGCACUCUUACACAAGUCAUUCCGCUUCCCUGAUGUGGAAACCAAUGACGUAGAGUUACUUAGGCGUACGUUUCCACCAUUGGGAUCGACCCAGCGAACUGCAACUCCGAGCGGCAAGGACACUCACCUGCUGAUAAUUCGCCGGGAUCUCCACUUCCAGUCCCUUGAUCUUCAGGACUUAGAGGGUCUAUUUCAGACUUUCACCCGUAAUCCCUCAGAUAAUAUUGCGCGGAUACGAUUGCGGAACGCUGCAGUCCGCCUCCAGGGUUAUCAAAAGAUCCUGGAAGCUGACGUUCUACUACUCGAAGAAAGUAAAUACCUGCAGUCGGAAAGUAUUCUGGAAGAACAGAUCACGCUUAAUGAGCUGAUUCGAGUGAUCGACAAAAUUGGUCAUGUUAUUCAACAGUUUCAAUCACUCGAGAAGAUGCGCUAUCAGGAGGAAGAGGAGGUAAUCCAUUUUUAA